CUUUAUUCUUAUUUACCUAACUAAAAUAAAAAGUGGAAAACCAUUUUGGGACAACUAAAAUAGGAAAUUUUGAAAAUCAAAUUGGAAGGGAGGGAGUAUUUAUUACUCCGUAAAUAAUUACUCCAUACAACUUUACUCUCUUGAGAUUUUUCAGAUCAAGAAAAAAUUAUGAUGAGUUGAUGACCGUCAAUGUGGCUAUCCACUCCAAGUCUUGUACGUAUAAAAAACAUCGGUUUAUGAGCAAUCACACGUACUUCUGCUGUGGCUUUCCCUUCAUACUCCGUAUUUCAUUACCAAUGGCCCAUACAAUGCCAUUAGAGUCUCCACCGCCGGAGAACACAAUUGACCAAAACCCCAACUCCAAAGUCAUAGUGGUCACUGUGCCGUUCCUGGCUCAAGGCCAUCUCAACCAACUCCUCCAUCUCUCCCGCCUCAUCGCAUCUCACGGCUUACAAGUAUACUACAUCGGUUUUAGUGUCGAUAUCAGCGUCGCUCGACGGCGACUCCAGGGUUGGGAUCCUCUGGCUUAUCCAUCACUCCAUUUCCAAGAAUUUCCAAGCCCUCCAUCUUACAUCUCGGGCGCCAACCCGGCCACGGAGCUGGAAUCCUUCUCCGACAUCAUGGCCUCCGUAAUCGAAUCUUGCGACAACCUACGCCACCUCAUCGCGGAGUUUCUCGACGGCCUCUCUAGGAAAUGCGAGAGGCUAGUGGUCGUUCAUGACUCACUCAUGGCGACCGCUGUUCAGGAUGCAGCUUCCAUUCCCCACGCCGAGGCCUACACCUUCCACGCCGCGUCAGCUUUCACCAACGCCACCGUUGUAUGGGAAAUCGGCUCCAAAGUGCUCCGCAUCCCGCCCUUCCUUUCGAAGCUGACCGGAAAGCUCCUCCUGCCUUCCAUGGCAGUGAUGCCAGACUCUCUUCCGUCCUUAGAGAGCUGCUUCUAUCCCGAGUUCUUAAAGUUCAUGUCCGUGCAACGCUCAGCCAAUACCAAAUUCUGCUCCGGCAAUAUUUAUGACGCGUGUAGACCGGUGGAAGGCCCGUAUCUUGAAAUGCUCGCCAAGUUCUAUAGACUCACCGGAAAAGGGAAACUCUGGGCUAUCGGUCCGUUAAAUCCGGUGAUCACCCAAGAACAGAGUGAAGUCAGUGAACCCAAAUCUUGUCUUCGUCAUAGAAGUAUUGAAUGGCUGGAUAAGCAGCCGCCGAAGUCGGUAGUUUUUGUUUCAUUCGGAACUCUGACGUCACUUUCCGGGGAACAGAUCUUGGAGCUGGCAAAGGGCUUGGAACAGAGCCAACAGAAGUUCAUAUGGGUCGUAAGAGACGUUCUGAAAGGAGAAACACCGCUGCCGGAAGGAUAUGAAGACGAAAUACAAGGAAAGGGUCUUAUACUCCGAGACUGGGCCCCGCAGAUGGAAAUAUUGAACCACCCCUCGACGGGAGGGUUCUUGACCCACUGCGGGUGGAAUUCGUGCAUGGAGAGCAUAGUCAGGGGAGUGCCCAUGGCGACGUGGCCGAUCCAUUUCGAUCAGCCGAGGAAUGCGGUGCUGAUGACAGAGGUGCUCGGAAUCGGGAUAAUGGUGAAAGAAUGGGGUCGGCGGGAUGAAGUGAUAAGGUCCGAUGUCAUCGCCGAUGCUCUGGAGAGACUGAUGGUCAGGCCGGAAGGAGCAGAGAUGAGGAGAAGGGCUGUAGAGCUGGGCAAAGCUUUGAAGCAGUCUGUGAAAGAUGGUGGCCUUUCUCGAGUUGAGAUGGCUGAUUUUAUUCAUCACAUGACUAAUCCCAUGGCACCUAUGGGUGCUUAUGGACGGUUCCCCUUUUCGUUUUUGAAAAACAUUUGGUACUUUUGGUUUGGAAACAACCAAAAAAAGAAUUUUUGAGUAACUCAUAAGCAUGAGUAUUUAAUUGAGUACUAAGCCUAAGGAAGUAAGGUGUGGGCUUAGUUUAUAAGUUUUCUUUAAUAAUACUUGGAGCUCGUUUGAUGAACUUGUUUUUUGUUAAAUCAAAUUUAUUCGUCAACUUUUUCAUCAAACACGUUACUUUUGUUUUGCGCGCUGAAUUGUGUAAUGAUAUUGUGGAAGAUAAUUAUGUGACGGAGGA